UGUGUGUAGUCAGUACAGUUACCGUGUGGUACAGUAACGGGUUUGUUUUGGUGUUUAUUCUGUGUGAUCAACUCUUCGGGGUAGUACAUUAUCUCGGAAAGCCAAGAUCGCUAAACAACGUAACACAUUUAUUAAAAUGUAACCCAAAAGUGAUUCGAACGAAAAAAAUACUUGAGUGAAGAGAUUUAUUGUUGUGUCAACAUUUUACAGCAAAUCAACCCGCGAAAGUGGACGUUGCUCGCUAUUUUCUACUUCAAGGAUCUACUUCGCUGAGAUUAGAGACUUUUGGGGAACAACACAUUGGAAGCAAGUUACAGUGAAGUCUCAUAGGUUUUCUCAGUAAAAACAAUGUUGGACUUGGUCGACAAAAUAUAGCCAACAAGCUAACGUAGCUAGUGAGUGUGCUAAACAGGGUUGAAUAUCCAGGAUCUGACAGGUUGAGGUUGAAGUGGUUGUUGACUUUCUCAAUUUAACAUGGGAGAAUGAAAUUCUAUCAUGGGGACAUUGAAAGCUUUACAAGAAUGGUGUCGCAUAAAAUGCGAAAAUUACCCCAAUGUGGAGAUAAGGAACAUGUCUUCUUCAUUCAGAGAUGGAUUGGCGUUUUGUGCUAUUAUCCAUAAACACCGACCUGAUUUGAUAGACUUCAACUCCCUCUCCAAAGAUAACGUUUAUGAAAACAACCAUCUGGCAUUUGAGGUUGCACAGUCAAAGCUGGGAAUCCCUGCAUUGCUGGAUGCUAAGGACAUGGUGUCCACAGAGGUGCCAGACCGGCUAAGUGUCAUCACUUACCUCUCCCAUUACCACCACUGCUUCAACAAGAAGUCUCAUGCCGGUCCAGCCAGUUUGAAGACGCCAUAUGUCGCAGAGUGCUCCAGUCACUCCCAGACACAACCUGACUCUCUUGGAGGUUUGCAGCCUGCCAAGUCAAGGACAGAGGAGCCAUCCAACAGUGGCAGGCCAUGUAGCGUUUGUGCCUCCUGCAUGAAGCACGUCCACCUGGUGCAGAGACAUCUCACUGAGGGGAAACUCUACCACCGCAGCUGCUUCAGAUGCAGUGUGUGCAGCAGCACUCUCUUACCAGGGUCUUACAAAGAGGGGAGUGCAGUUGGCUCCUUGGUCUGCACCCACCACUUGACAGCCAGUCAAAAUGCCCACCCCGACUACAGUAAACAAACUGGAUCAAUAGAGAAUCUGCCCAAAUUUGAUGAGCAGGAGGUGACACUAUCUCAGGGUGGAUUAACAGACAACCCUGAUCUCUCUGAUUUUAUUGGAAAAACAGACUCAGAUGAGACAGUUAUUUUUGGAAGAGGAGGGACAGAGACGGAGGGAGGUGAGAGAAAGACAAGGCACAACACACUCAAGAAGCCAAUGCCACCCCGUCCUCCAAAGCCCACUGUAGAAGAGGGAAAGCUUGAAGAAGCAGGGACACGGCCCAUUCAAACAACCAAAACACUCAUUGUAACACCAGACAGCGAUUCGGCUUCUGCAAGCCCUGGACGGCCAGUUCCUGCACCCAGGCGGGUGUUAGACUCCACCCCUCCUCGUCCUGCACCUAGAACCCGUCCACCUAAAACCAUGGACAGCCCCCUUGUUUCUAGUUACCCAGUUGAUAAUAAAACCUUACCCAAUCCUUCUCGCAGGUUUGGCCAACCCAGUGGGCCCCGUAAACCCAAAGACCCACCGUGGCUGGAGCUUGUCCAGCCAGGGCCCUGGCCAAAGCUUCCCCCUGCCCCGCCCCCUAGUAUGCCCAAGCCCCCACGCUCAGGCUCUAUACCCUCCCUCGGAGGGAGUUGGUACAGAGCGAGAGAACCCCCUCCCAACCCCUUUGGGGAGUUUGAGGAUGAGGAGGCUGAUGAUGAUUACACUGGGCAAGAGAACACAAUGAGUGGUGCUGAAGGCCAAGCACAGCCCUCAAUGGUAACCAGCCAGACAUGGUGUGGUACCAGUCAGUUAGCUGAAGCAGCCAGCUCAUACUGCCAUGCUCAUUUAGAGGACACAUCCAGAGAAGUUGACAAGUCAAGUAUUGCUGGAGCGGAUGACCCAGUAAAUUUACCUGAAAUUGCUAAUGCACCAGAGAAAGAAAGUUUAGCUGAAGCAGGAUGCUCACUUCCUGUGUCUAAUUUAGCUGAAGAACCUUGUUCAAUUGGUAUAUCUGAGUCAGCUGAUGUUGGUGGGAUAGCUAACAUGGCUGAAACAGCUGGCGCACUUGAUGUAUGUAAUUUAGCAGAUGUUGGAGUUGGAGAAUCAACCAACUUGUCCAAAGCAGCUAGUUCACUUGGUUUGUCUAAUUUGACUGAAGCUAAAACCACAAGUUCAUCUUACUUGGCUGAGGCUGCUAGUUCCCUUGAUAUAUCUAAUCUAGCUGAAGUAGCCAGCUCACACGGUGUAUCUGCUCUAGCUGGAGCUAGUGGGUUCGGAGGUUUAGUUGGAGCUGUUAGUGCACCUAACAUAUCUAAUUUAACUGAAGAAGCUAGUUCAUAUGGUGUUUCUGAAGCUUCUGCCGGUUCACUUAGUGUGUCUAAUUUAGCUGGAGCUGAUAGCAUAUGCAGUGUAACUGGAGCACCAAAGGCUCUUGGCAAAUCAGAUAUAGCCCAGAGCCUCUCUUUGCCCAAAAGUGUGUCUGUGCCCGCAAUCUCCACUAGUUUAACCUGUACUCAAAGUCACCCCCCACCAACCUUGUCAACCAAUGGAGCAGCAGCCAGUCCCUCCCUGCUCAGACCCCCAUCGCUCCCUAGUGUGUCUGAAGUGAGGGACUCUGGCCAGGUGCCCACCCCCUCUCACAGUAAGCAGGUGUGCAAGGAGAACCCUUUCAAUCGUAAAGUCUCCCCCUCUGAGUUCCCCAAAUCCAAGCCUGCCCCAGGACAUGGCUUCCCCCUCAUCAAGAGGAAGGUGCAGACAGACAACUAUGCCCCAGUGGAGGAGCUGCAGGGGGAGCUGGGGGAGCUGGAGAAACGAAUGGAAAGGCUGGAGCUGAGAGGGGUGGAGAUGGAGAGAAGCUUGAGAGACUGCCAGAAUGACCAGGAAGAGGAGGACAUGUUGGUGGACUGGUUCACUCUAAUACAUGAGAAACACAUGCUUGUGCGCAGGGACGCAGAGCUGGUAUACAUGGCCAAGCAACAGAAUUUAGAGGAGAGACAGGCAGACGUGGAAUAUGAACUGAGAUGUCUCCUCAACAAACCAGAGUGUAAGUGGAGUAAGGAUGACCGUUAUAGGGACCAGCAGUUGAUGGAGGAGCUUGUCACCAUCAUUGAACAAAGGAACCAUAUCAUCAACAGCUUGGAUCAGGACAGGCAAAGGGAAGAAGAAGAAGAUGCUCUGUUUUCCAUGAUCAAGAAGAAAGAUUUAAGAAAAGAGUCUGGGAAAGACCUGAAGACGUUAAGAGCAAAGUUCAAGCCCAUGAAGAUGCUGAAGAUGCUGAGUCAUAAAGAUUCUAAGAGCAAAGGCUCUCUAAAGAAGAACUGAGUUGGACUCGGGCUCACCCUGUAAGGAAGGAACAAAUAGGUCUAUAUUUGUUAACAAAUACACAUUGAGCCACAAUGUAAUGUCUCAUAAUUGUACAAAGAAAUGAAUGAAGAUUACGGGUAAGAGAUGGAGACUCUUGGACUGUGGAUGAGAGUGGAUAAGAAUUAAGAGAAGCCUCUGAUGCAGAGUAUAUGAAUUUUCUUCCCAAGUGAAAAAAACUAUCCCCAUUACACCUCCCCAUUACACUGCACUUUUUGUACAAGGUGUGAUUGUUCCAGUAUUCCGUAAAGCCUUAGUCAGCCUAAAAUGAAUUGCUGCAAAGAAUCAUUCACUAAUGGGAUGAAAAAUAACUCCUUUAAACAUUUAUUUUUGCAGUUCAACUUUGUUAAAUUAUAUUUAAUAAAACAUUGUACUUUGUAUGAACAGAAUGCAUUUGUAUGAUCAUAAUCUUUUGAUAAUGUUUCGAUUUUAAAUGUCAUUAAUGGUUUUUUAUUUUUUUUUAAAUGUACCUCAUACACAUGCCUAAUGUAUAUAUAUUUUUUAAAUUGUACAGGCUAUUUGCUACUCCAGAUUGUGGCGAUGCUUUCCAUUGCCUGUACAUUAUGAUUUAUUGGGCAAGGUCUUUGUGAGAUUGAGAUUCACACUGUAUUCAGAUCUUUUUAUUUAUGUCUCCCAAAGUGGGAAUUAACCACUUCUUGAUGAUAGGUAUUUUAUCAUGCUCAAAACUACAUUAUACGAUCUAAAAAUACAUGUUUAGUUAGUAUAAUACAUUUGGAAAAAUAAACCUAACUAUAUUUUUUAAUCUAUA